UUGCCUUCCCCGGAAGCCCAACCGAACCGCUGACUGACACCAACUAACUCCUCCGCCUUGCGCGUUCGGAUGGCAGCGGCGGCGGCGCCUCCUCCCCCGGCGGGCGGCUUCGUGCUGUUCCUGCACGGCUCCGCCGGGUCGGGCGACGAGAGCCGCGCCCAGGUCGCGCCCUACUUCGCCGCGCCGGAGCUCGCCUCCUCCGUCCGACUGUCCUUCCCUACAGCGCCCACGGUCCCCAUCGCCUGCUACGGAUGCAAUCUGCUUUGCUGUUUCGCCCUAUGGAUGCUUUGCAAGGCUCGUGAUACGGUGAUCACGGCUUGGUUCGGCAUCUCGGAGGUUCCUAUAACCGCGAAAACUGUUAGAGAUGAGAAAGAAGUCCUUAAAGCUGUUGAUUAUGUGCAUGAAUUGUUAGACAAAGAAAUAGCUUCCGGAACAAGUCCGUCAGACAUAUUUGUUUGUGGUUUGAGCCAAGGAGGUGCUCUAGCCAUAGCAAGUGUUCUACUCUUCCCAAAAACUCUAGGUGGUUGUGUUGUUUUCAGUGGUUCAGUUCCACUGAGUAAAUCAUUCGCUGACAAGGUUUCGCCUGAAGCUAGAAAGACACCGGUAUUAUGGUUUCAUGGAAUGGCUGAUGGACUGGUACUAUUUGAAGCGGGGCAUGCUGGGUGUGCAUUUUUGGAAGAGCUUGGCAUGACCUGCGAAUUCAAGGCUUAUCCAACCCUUGGACAUUCAAUGGUUGAUGAAGAGCUCCAGUAUUUUCAGCAGUGGAUCCUCAGUCGUCUAGGGAUCUCUGGAGCAACUGAAACCGCAAGGCCAUCAUCGUCAUCUCAGCACAAGGAUCUCCUGUAGCUUGCUGUUGCUUGUGAAUGAAUAGUUUGUAUUAAAAUUCAUGGCUGCAUUUUUAGGCCGCACAUCAUCUCUAAAUUGGAAAAAUACUUCACAUACAAACGAACAAUCCAUUUACACGAUUCUGUAUACCCGGCCCCAAAAUGAUUGAUUUGAGUCGUUUGAUCCAUAAA